AUGGCUUUUCUUGUUACUCUUCCGGGUCGUCCUUUUUUAUACUCACUGUUUUGGUGCCUCGCAAUAGUCCUGGCCACCAACCUUCACUUCGACCUCAACAAGUCACCGGAAGAGAGCUCAGUUGAAGAACUAGCUCAGCUUGUCACUCACGAGUCUUUCCCAGGGCAAUCAACCAGCCGCACCUCAGAUGCAGGCCCCACAAAGCGCAAAUGCGGUCCAGAGCGACUUAUCAGCUCCAAUACAGUGAAACAUGCUUGUCUCUCCCGUGACGCCCAAGUAACUUCAAGUUCAAAUGGUUUCCCUCAUGAGGAUUCCUCGGCAAUUCGCAACCCAACCACCGAGGAUUACCGAAAUACCAGAGAUGUGAUAUUAUCCCGAGUUCUCAUUGGUGGGAAGGGCCAUGAACAACUUCAGUUAUCGCACUCCAUACAUCCUCACAAUUUUAUCCAACCUGCCAAACCCGCAAACCUACCACCUCACUACUCCGCUCUAGGAAGCGGGCAAGUGGUGGAAGCCCUGAUCAAAGGAUACUACGAUACUUUUUGUUCUCGGAUUGACUCGGAAAUAUUCAAAGCCGCCCAUACUGCUAUCCAGGGUAGGCAUAAAUCAUUGCCAUUUGCGCUUGCCAAUCGUCUGAAACAUUAUGAACCGGGCAAAGUGUUGAGAGUGUUAAGCGCUAAAAGUCAAUACAAAUCCGUGCAGAUAUCCUUGGAUAUGACUUCACUUUACAAGGUUUUGGUGAUCUCAUUGUACAAGAAACAUCUAGAAAUUCUCAGGGAACUCCACAUACCGCUAUUCGAGGUCAGAAUAAUGCAAAUAGAUCUACUCGACUGGGUCGAACAACAAAUUUUUGCCCCUCGUGACAGUCUCCCCAUCAUCGGGACUAUACGCGACAAUCACCCGAACCGGGAAGAAGAUGGUUUUCCCGGGCCAAUCAGAGAUACCCAAAAAGAAUUGAUAGAAUACUUCGCCCAGGACCACCGUGACCCACGACCCGAUGGCAUUGUCACUAAUCUGUUGAAAACCUUCGCGAUUCAGAACAGAGAUAAAUAUGUCUACCUGAAAGAACUUUCGAGAUUGUAUUGGGAAGAUCCACAAGAAAUCCUACGCGGACUUGAAUUUGACAGAAAAGUAGCAUUGAUAACAACGCUAGCGGAUGACUUUCGGAUCGGAACCUUCAGGCGUCAACACAUCAGUUCAGCCCACAAAGACUAUGCUCUCUUUACAACCAAUUUCCUUCAAUUUGAAGCUGGAUACCCAAGGACAAAUUUCAAGCGAUGUGAGAAAAGGCGAUAUCACCCUGACCUACCAUUGGCUAUGUACUACUACGUGGAAGUCUCAAACGGUUACCGAAUACUUCGAAUUUUGAAAUUCUUGCCUGCUGCGUCAAAAUCCGAACAAAUUUUGCAGGUGGAUGCCGACGCACUAUACCAGAUGUUUAGGAGAUUGGCGAGGACGGUAGAUCACAUACAUCUGAAGAUUUUAAAUGAACUGGAGAUAACCGCACAGGAAACAAUCCAAACCAAGAGAGAAGUAGUGCUGGGAGCGCUUAUUGAAGAAAUUUUGCAACCAAAAUUUGGCUUUCCAAUUGUUGGCAAAAUCAAGGUUAACGCAGAUGUUCCUCCCUGGGAGGAUGCUACAUAUGCAUCUUCCGUUGUGUUUGGUAAAGUCCAACUAAAAUUUAUCAAAUAUUUCUCCGAACCUCCAGAAACUGAAGAUGUAAAAGGGGCUGCAGCUUUAUUCUUGGCAUCUUGGUAUCGGGAUAACCAUCCCACUGAAUUUGCUUCUUUCAUCGAGGCUCUUGAAAAACCCUAAACCUUCUUGAUCUUUGCUUUUAUUUUCUAAAUUAACAGAUUGUGUCACAAAUGUGCACCCUAUAUUCUUUUGACUAGAAAUUAGAAUUAUAUUGAUUAAAUGGGGUAGAAUAAAUAGAAUCGAAAUGGCACAUUUACCCUAUUU